GUAGUUUAUAGAACAUCUAUACUCCGCCGGUUUUGCGUUUGCACAACUUCCAGAUCCCUUGGACUUUCUUGGACUACAAUCCCAGAAUGCGUAAGGAUCAGUUAGACUGCGAGCUACCUAUGGCGGAGAGCAAUGACUGAGGAGUUUGAUGAAGAGGUGGAAUUCGAGUACUUGCAGGAUCUGGGACGCUCGGAUUCGGAGGCAUGGCGGAUGGGGUGCCAGGAAGAAGAGCGAACCGCGGAAGAGGGGGAGGGGCCCCUUCCACAGGAAGGGUUCGCCCCGCUUAGAAGAGGGGUGUUGUGGAGGGCAGCUGAUGCCAUACGGGGGCUUCUCUCUCUGUAUCAGAGCUCCAUGUCUGACCAUGAGGAGCAGCAGCUGGACGCGGAGUUUCGGCGGUACUCCCUGCGCCUCCUCCUGGAGCAGGACGUGUUCCUGCAGGAGGACCUGGAGCUCAUCGAGCUGCUGGACCCCGGGGUCCUCUCUGUGGCGUCGGCCUCCUCGCCCCCCGCGGCCCCGCCCAGAAACAGGCUCCUCCCCUCCGCCUGGGCUCUCUGGACGCUGGCAGUGGUGGUGGCAGUGCUAGCAGGCUUCAGGUCUGUGUGGGACGGGCGGGGCCUGUCCGCGCUGGUCCCCUGGGCCCUGGCGCUGGGGGGCUUCUUGCUGGUUCGGGGGGCGGGGCUGUGGAGGGCGGCCCGGCUGAGCGGGGCCAUGCGGGCUCACGGGGCACAGCUGGAGAGCCUGGCGCAGGACAGCCAGGCGCUGACCGCCCUCAUCCGCAAGGCCCUGCGACUCAUCCAGGAGACCGAGGUCAUCUCCCGGGGAUUCACCCUUUUGCUCGACAGGGUGAGUGCGGCCUGUCCCUUUAACAGAGCGGAGAACCAGCUGCUGGGCCUGAGGAGGGCCUCGUACCGGACCCUGCACGCCGCCUUCAGAGCCUACCGCCACGCCACCCGCCACAUGCUCUCCGCCUAUCCCCUGGACUCGGAGACGGACGACGCGGGGAACUACCUCUGCACCGCGCCCCUGGGGGAGCUGGGGCUGGGCCUGGGGGAGGGGCGUCCCAGCGACCAGCGGGCGCAGGAGCUCACCGACGACUACGGCCUCCCCGCGCUGAAGGUGCUGUUCCAGCUGUUCGUGGGGCAGAGCUCCGAGUUCUUCCGCCGGCUGGCCCUGCUGCUGUCCCCGGGCCGGGAGGGGCGGGACGCCCGGCUGGCUCGCCGCGCUGUCGCCGAGGUGACGGGGCCCCUGCGCCUCGCCCUGUGCGGUUGCCUGGGAGACCUGCAGCGCAGCUACGACUUCCACCGCUGCUUCGAGGCGCCGCGCGGGGCGGCGGCGGGGUCGGACCGGGCCGCCCGCGCCAGGCAGCAGUGUCGCGAGCUCGGCGAUCUGCACGCCUCCGUACGGAGCCUGCAGCUGCACCUCAGGGCCCUGCUCAACGAAUGCAGCUCAAGGCGCCCGGUCAAUGAGGUAAUCGUCCUGGAGGACGAGCUGGAGAAGCUGCUGGUCUCCCCGGAGACGGCGGAGACGGCGCGCGCGCAGGACCUGCGGGACAGGCUCCGCCUCCUGCAGCCGCACAUGCAGGCCAGCCGGGGCUGCUGGGAGGACGCGGUGGCGCAGGUGGGGCGCAUGCUGCGGCUGUCCGCCAGCCGCGCAGGAACACCCGGGACUCCGGAGGAGGGCGCCCCCCAGCUGCCACCCCCCCCAACCUACCCCGCCACUCUUACCCAGGACAGAGACCCUGUGCCAGAGGAGCAGGAGCUGGAGGCGUACGCGUCGUCGGACUCCGACUGCGACUCGGACUGGCGGGGCGCGCCGCGGGACCCCCCGCCCCUGGGGGAGCGCGAGCGGCGUAGGCGCGGAAGGGAGGAGUCCCGCCCCGUCCUGCUGGAGCUCAAAUCCGUUCUGCGACUGCGGGCCUCGGAAGGGGAGAGACAGAGGUGGAAACAGCUGCUAUUCAGGGAGGAAGCAGCCGCGAGGACUACAUUACCCAUGGAGCCCUCGGAACCCCGCGAGAACUCCAACCGACCGGAGCCGUACAGCCAGCAGAACAACCACGAGGGUCCCGCCCCCUGCUCCGCGGAAGCCCGGCUCUGCCGCGGACGUUCGGAGGGGGUGAGGGCGCGCCCUGCGCCUCGGUCCCCCUCUGCGCGUGGGAACGCCCGUGCUGGGGGAGGGGCCGAGGGGGGAUCGGAACGGGACAGAGCGCCCCCCGGUGGCCAGAGUCUCUACGCUGUCUGUGACGGACAGACUGACGGACCUCCGCAGCACAGCAACCACCAACAUGGCGGUGCGGACCUACGUGGAUGAGGAGCAACAGGAAGUGACAUCACAGAAGACGAAGGACUCAAAACAUACAGUGCUGCUUUAUACUGUGUAUAUACAUAAAAAAAAACACACCACCAAGAUAUUUA